ACUUUUACUUCCUUGUACACACAGAUAGAGGAACUGGCCGUUUUGCGGCUGGCCUUUUUGUCAACACUCUACAUCCUCUCCAGCUUCUUACAUGACUUUCAAAUCAUGAUCAGAUAGAAAACAAGCGGCAACUUUGCAGAGCUGAAAAGAGUCGAACUCACUUGUAAGCUGCAGAGAUGGCUUCUAGGGGGCAGCAAGGCGAGAUGACGGAGUACAAGAAGAUUCGGAUCAAACGGGACUUGGAGAUGGGCGUGGUCAUGACGGUGUUUCGGCAGAAGGCGGAGCGACUCACCGUGCAGGUCAUUAUGGAGACCCGGCAGGUGGCAUGGACACGCACUGCAGACAAAACUGAUGGUGUCUUGGACCUUUUUGAGAUCAGAGAGAUCCGUCCAGGAAGGAACUCCAAGGACUUUGAGCGCUUUAAAGAUGGCAAGGACAAACACGACGAAAAUACCUGCUUCACGAUCUUCUAUGGCUCACAGUUUGUUCUCAACACCCUCAGUCUGGGAGCUGAUUCUGUUGAGGAAGCACAGAAAUGGCUGAUAGGACUAGAAUUGCUGAGGAAAGAGACACUGGAAGCACCAACUCCGGUUCUUGUAGAGAGUUGGCUGAGGAAGCAGAUGUAUUCUGUCAAUCAGACCAAAACAAACAGCAUCUCCAUGAAGGAGCUGAAGGCUCUGCUAGCUUUGCUCAACUACAAGGCCCCCAGCUCUCGUACUCUCAAAGACAAAUUCCUGGAAGUGGGAGCAAAGAAAGACCGCCUGGACUUUGAGCAGUUUCAUAAAUUAUACAACCUUAUAAUGUUUGAACAGAAUGAGAUCCUUGAUGAGUUCAAAAAGGAAUCAUGUGCUUUUAUUCUGGGUAACACAGAUAAACCAGAUGCCUCAGCAGUUCUGCUCCAUGACUUCCAACGAUUCCUCAUCUACCAGCAAAAGGAAACCUGGGCCAGUGACCUGAACAAAGUUAGAGAACUGAUGACUACCUUCAUUGAUGACACCAUGAGAAAAACCAAUGAUCCGGAGUUCACCGUCAGUGAGUUCCUUAGUUUCCUGUUUUCCAAGGAGAACUCUGUGUGGGAUGAGAAGUACUCAGAGAUCAGAAACUUGGACAUGAACAACCCUCUGUCCCAUUACUGGAUCAGCUCCUCACACAACACCUACCUGACAGGUGAUCAGCUUCGAAGUGAGUCGUCCACAGAGGCUUAUGUGCGCUGUCUGCGUCUUGGAUGCCGUUGUGUUGAAUUGGACUGCUGGGAGGGGCCUGGGGAGCCAAUAAUCUACCACGGCUGGACCAGGACGACCAAGAUCAAGUUUGAGGAUGUGGUCAAGGCCAUUAAUAAUCAUGCUUUUGUCACAUCAGAGUUCCCACUGAUCCUCUCCAUAGAGGAGCAUUGCCCUCUAGAGCAGCAGCGUCAGAUGGCUCGAAUUUUCAAGGAAGUGUUUGGAGACAAACUGCUGACUGAACCUGUGGAGCAGAUGGCUGAGCAGCUACCUUCACCUACACAGCUGAAGGGCAAGAUCAUACUUAAGCACAAGAAGCUCAGUGUGGAGGGAGGAGGAGUAAGUAAGGACUUCAGGAAAGGGCAGAAACAGGGAGAUCUGGAGAUCUGGGACCCUGUGGACCAGCGGUGGAACAGGCACUACUGUGUGAUCUCUGAUGACAAGCUAUACUAUGCAGAGGAGUACGAAGACGAGGACGAAGAUCCCAGGAAGUACCAGGACAUGCACUGUUCAGAGCCAUGGUUUCAUGGUCACAUGAGAGAGGGCAGGGUGAUGGCUGAGCGACUGAUCCAGGAUUACUGUGCAGAGACUGGGGGAAGAGACGGCACCUUCUUGGUUCGACCGAGCGAUACCUAUGUCACAGACUUCACCCUCUCCUUUUGGCGCAGUGGGAGGGUCCAGCACUGUCGUAUCCGCUCAGGCACAGAGGGGGGACACACUUACUACUACCUGACGCCAAACCUGCAUUUUGCCACCGUGUACGCCGUGAUCCAGCACUACAGAGAAAACCCGCUGCGCUGCCAAGACUUUGAACUGCGCCUCACUGACCCUGUACCACAGCCCAACCCACAUCUACAAGAAGGGUGGUUCUACAGCAACCUAAGCAGAGGUCAGGCAGAGGAUUACCUGCUGAGGAUUCCUAGAGAUGGAGCGUUCCUCAUCCGGCAGAGAGAAGGAGAACCAGACUCUUUUGCCAUCACAUUCAGAGGUGAUGGUAAGGUGAAACACUGUCGGAUCCAGAAGGAGGGCAGCAUGUAUCUGCUGGGCACCACAACAGAGUUUGAGAGCCUGGUGGAGCUGGUCAACUACUUCAAGAAGAAGCCACUGUAUCGCAAGAUCAAGCUACGUUACCCAGUCACCCCUGAGCUGGUGGACCACUUCAGCACAGAAAAAGGCUGUGCCUCUCUGUAUGAGGUGAAGACAUAUGUGGAACCUAACGAGAUUGAGCCCUCACUGCCUCAAAGUACAGUCAAGGCUAUAUAUAGCUACCAGGCUGAAAGGCCAGAUGAGCUCAACUUCAGUAAAGGAGCUUUGAUACACAACGUAACAAAGGAAAGUGAUGGAUGGUGGAAAGGUGACCAUGGUGGAAAGUUGCAGCUGUACUUCCCAUCUAACUAUGUAGAGGAAGUGUCCAGCAGCACCAAACCUGAGACCAAAGGACAGGACAUGGAAGACAACCCACUUGGUGAACUUUGCAAGGGUGUUGUGGACAUCUCCAAGUGCAACAUCCAAAAUUUGAAGAAUGGUAAAAAUGGGAAGCCCAACGUGUUGACCCUGCAGGACGUGGAGCAGGACAGUCUGCAGUUUGACCUGGCAACAGAUGCUCUGGAGGAGCUGUUUGAAUGGUACCAAGUGGCCUGGGACAUUACUCAGAGAGAGAUGAGCAAGCAGUAUAACAGGGAACAAGAGAUCAGACAGCAGGAGGAAGUGGAGAAGAAGGCGGAGGUUGCCAUGGAGAUGUCGGACCUAGUGGUCUACUGUCAGCCACGUAGCAAGGAGAAGGACCGCUUUGACAGUUACAGCUAUAAAGAGAUCCGCUCCUUCGUGGAGAACAAGAUCCCAGGAAAGAGUCGCACCAAGGACUUCCUGCGCUACAACCGCAAGGCUCUGAGUCGCAUCUACCCAAAAGGCCAGCGUGUGGAGUCCUCCAACUACGACCCUUACCCACUGUGGGCCGUUGGCAGUCACAUGGUGGCUCUCAACUACCAGACUGCAGAUAAAUACACCCAACUGAACAGUGCCCUCUUCAGUCUGAAUGGACGUACGGGUUAUGUGCUGCAGCCGGAGCUAAUGCGCGCUGAUAACUACGACCCUUACCAGGAGAAGAAGAAGGUCAAGUACGACAUUGCAGUUAGGGUGAUUGCUGCCAGACACCUUCCUAAGCCCGGCCGCAGCAUCGCCAGUCCAUUUGUGGAGAUUGAGCUGUGUGGUCACACAGAGGAGAAGUUCAAGACUAUUGUCUACCGUGAUAAUGGUCUGAAUCCAGUAUGGAAAUCCCCAGCAGACGCUGUAAUUUUCACAGUGUAUGAGCCUGAACUCACCUUCUUGCGUUUUGUAGUCAACGAGGAGGACAUGUUCUCAGACCCCAACUUCCUGGCUCAGGCCACAUUUCCUGUCAAAGGCAUCCGCUCAGGUUACCGCUCUGUACCUCUAAAGAAUGGCUACAGUGAAGACUUAGAGUUAGCCUCUCUGCUGGUCUACAUCAAUGUACAACAAGCAGGGAGAGCGGAAGAGGAGCUGUACUCAUCCUCCAGCCAGCUGAAGAAAAAGCAGGUGGAGCUCAGCGAACCUUUUCUGUAUGACACACACACCAACAUUCAGCGCGCCGCCGUCCCUCGCCAACAUAACCACCUCAUGAGAGAGGGCAGCACCAGCGAAAACCACAGGACAAAAGAAAAGAAGGUAAACAACAGUAAGUUCUACUCAUGAAGACUCAGCAGAACUCACCUGUCUACUUCCUUCCUGCUUGAGUGGUGGAGAAAUGCGGACUACAAAUCUAACAUCACCCCAUCUGCUUACUCAAGCAAUUGUGAUCUUUCCAAAUGUGACGUGUUACCAUUUUUCAUUUUCAUACCAAAAAAAAAGUUUUCUAUUUAUUUAAGAUAACAAAUCAAUAUUUGUAAUAUUUUCUCAAAUAUGGAAAUAUAAUGCACGUCUCGAGAGGUUAUUUCCCUAAAAGCCCUCUGGGAAAUGUAGGAAACCAUUAAACCAUGAAGUAGAACUAGAUGAGGCAGGUUGGGGGAAGGUGAAUUGUGCAACCCCUUCUGAACAGAUAAUAUGUGAGGUUGUGACAUUUCCUCGGAGGAGUCCCCACAGACAGCCAUUGUAGUGCUUAAUAAUUGCAUUCAGCCGGUAAUCAAACUGCAUUGCUUUAGAGGUGGACAACACUGAUACUUAUAUUUAUUUUCAAUUAAACAAGAAUGUAACUGAAAAAAUGUACUGAUACAACCCUUUUGUUUUCACUCCCAUUAUAUCACAGGUGUCAGUUAAAGAUCUGAGACUUUUUUUCAUGCAGUCAAUAGAUGUAUAUCUCUCAAAGUUUGGUCACAAAUUACAGUAACUGAAAUAAUUGUCAGUUAGCACUUAUCCUUUUUCAAGACAAUCCAUCCACCUGACAGAUGCGACACAUCAAGAUGCUGAUUAAACAGUGUCAUUGCCACACAGGUAUGCCUUUGGAUGGACACAAUAAAAAAUAAUAAACUCUAAAAUGUGCAGUUUGAUCCCACAACACAAUGACACAGAUGUUCUCCAUAAGUUCUCCAAUAUUGUUUCAGUGUAUUUGGCAGUACAUCCAACCACCCUCACAACUGCAGACCAUGUGUAACCACACCAGCUCAGGACCACCAUAUCCUGUGUCUUCACCUGUAUUGUGAUCUGCAUCGGACAGCUGAUGCAAUACCUGGUUUGCACAACUGGAAAAUUUCUGCACAAACUGUCAGAAACUGUCUCAGGGAAGCUCAUCUGCAUGCUCACCAUCCUCACCAGGGUCUUUACCUGACAGCAGUUUGUCAAUUAAAGGACUUGUGCUGCCAAAUUUAUUGGAGACAGCUUGUGGUAAUGAAAUGAACAUUCAGUUCAUGGGCAGCAGCUCUGAUGGACACUCCUGCAGUCAGUAGUCCAAUAGUACGCUCCCUCAAAACUUGUGUCAUCUGCAUCAUUGUGUUGUGUGAUCAAACUGCACAUUUUAGAGUGUUCUUUUAUUGUGACCAUCCCAAGGCACACUUGUGUAUUAAUGAUGUUGUUUAAUCAGCAUAUGUCACACCUGUCAGGUGGAUGGAUAAUCUUGGAAAAGGUGAAGUGCCCACUGACCAGGAUUUUAACAAAUUUGCGACCACAAUUUGAGAGAUAUAUAUUGAGUGCAUAAAAAAAGUCUGAGAUCUUUAACUUAAACCUGUGAAAAAUGGAAGCAAAUACAAAAGUGUUGUGUUUAAAUUAUUGUUCAGUAUAGUUUCAUUGCAGUACAGCAGACUGCUCUUCUGCCAGAGAGCUUCUGUUGAAUUAAUCUUUUUUUGUGUGUCUUAAUUUCAAAUCCUGAUGAGUGUAAAACGACUGAUAUGGUGUGUGACACACAGGCUGCCGUGUGAGUCUUACAACAUAGAAAAGCUGUUUUCUUUGCACUGUAAUGUGUUGUUUCUUUGAAAGUGAAGCCGGAGUAGUGAAAACAGGUGAUGAAAUGAGAAUAUUUCAUGUAUUUAAUUUGAAGCCAGGUGAUGUUUAUAGCUUUCCUAUAACUCCUCUGACACCUCCUAAUGAAUUGAGUCAAUAAAGUUUGCUUGGUGAACUAUA